AUGUCACGGUCGAACGGUCAAGACAUAGAGGAGCUCCUCCAGCAAACCAUCGCCCGCGUUCAAAGACUAGCGCCGUAUUUGAGGUGGCCGAAAGUCGCCUAUCAGGCAAAGCUCAAUCCUUAUGGCAGUUUCUAUGGCACGUUCUAUGACGCGACCAGCAACCGGCGUGUGGACAACAGCGACGCAGGUCCCAGCACUGCGGAGCCUGGCGUCUCUUCUCCACCCACUGGCGAUGGUGAUCAGCAGUCCUUACCGGCGCCACAGCAGCCGGACCAGGAACAGCAGCACCAGCACCAGCAGCCGGAUAUGGAGACAGCUGCAUCGCCCAACGGUGCUUCUGCUGCCGCAGCAGCAGCACGGCCGCCGCAACCGCAUUUGCAGCACAAGAAGGCCAACGGCGGUGUCGGCCGGCUUCGCAAUGCUGCUGCUGCCCUUGCGCACGCGCACGCGGCGCAGCAGCAGCAACAGUCGCAACCUUUGCAGCAGCAGCACCACCAGCAACAACAACAGGAAGCUGGCCAGCAGCGCAAGGGCCCGCGGGGGUUCAACAUUCCGCGGCCCAACCCUAGGGCUCGACCCACCAUGGCAGCCGCCGCCCCUCGUGGGGCCGCGACAGACCCGGAAAGCGGAGGGCCCUCGCCUACAGACUCCCGAACGACGCACUCACCCGAUAACAAACAACAUCACCAGCAAUACCAGCAGCGUUACCCACAGCAGCAACAGCAAGAGCGGCGCCAAACGGGUUCGGUCAAGAAGCAGCCUGGCCUUGCUCCACUGACCCACGGGCCACCGGGCGUUCAUGACGUGUCGCCUGGCGGGACGAGCCCGUUGGACGUGGAGACAGACGCGGAUGGCGAUGGUGAUGGUGCGGCAGUAGCAGCAACAGGAGUAGCAGUAGCUGGUUGUUCGCGGCAGGUGGUAAUGCAAGGGUUGACGGGUGACACGAUGCAGAACACCAGCGGCGGCGGCGGCGCUGCAUUAGUGGCAGAGGCGGUAGCAAUGGCGGGGAGAGCAGACGGUACGGCGGCGACGACGGGGCGGCCAGAAGGCGCGACGGAGCUGCGGCGAAGGCGGCCUGAGGGGACAAUGGCGAGGGCAGACGAAAUGGACGUAGGCGAGGCGGUGCAAGGGGCCCUGGCACGGAGCGGCGACGCAGCAGGAGUGCUUGUGACCCGUGGGUCGCGAGACGCCGCUGACGGGCUCGCCGCGUCGGCAGACUAUGGGGAUGGCGACGCCGCUGCCGCCGCCACCGACAUCGCCGCGCCUGCGGCGGACGAACCGGCUGUUGCUGCUGCAGGGGCGGCUGCUGCUGCCCCAAACGACGCAGCUGGGGCGCGCGCUAGCUCCGAAACCCUGAAGCACUUAGCCCUUAGUCCGGCGCUGGAUAUCAGCCUGCCAGUGCGUGCGAGGUGCGCGGGCACGGGUGCUAGCGGAGGAGUGGACGUGGAUGGCGGCGCCGGCGAUGGAGUGAUCGCGGCCGCCGCUGCCGCCACUGCGGCUGCCGUCGCCGUGGUCGCCGUGGAAUGUGCGGCCAGCGGCGGGGAACACGGCCACGCUGCGGAUGACGCGGUGGAUGCAAUGUUGGUAGAGCUAAUGGAUGGUUGGGUGGACUCUGGUGCCGACGACGGCGCUGGAACGAGAGGUGGAGACGGCGACGCAGGCGGAGCCGCAGGACAAACGACGACGACGACGACCAUCCGACGACCAGGCGCGGCAGCAGCAGCAGCAACGGACGGAGCAGCAGCAGUAGCAGGAGUAGCGGGUCCUGUCUGUGGAGAAGGGUGUGGGGGAAUUGGCGCGCUGGCGAGGGAUUUGGGAAUUUGUGGUUCAGCGCUGGAUGAGGGUUUAGAGGACGCUGCGACGAAAGCUGGCGGAGGCGCAGACCGGCUUACACUCGAGUCCGGAGAGCUGCCCAGCGCGGAUACCCCGGUGGCGGCAGCGGGAGAGGCAGCGGUAGCAGUAGCAGCAGCAGCAGCAUCGGCGGCGGCCGCCGACGCUGACGGUCAAGAUGCGGAUUUGGACACGGGAGCAGCUGACGUGGCGGGCAGCCGUGGCCCGGCUUCAGAAGGCCUGCCAGGGCAAGUCGGGGAAGAUGGCGGCGGCGGUAGCAAUGGCGGCCGCCGCCGCCGUUGGGGCACGCCGAUUAACGCCGUGCCGCUGCCGCCGCCGCCGCCGCCGCCGCCGCUUGCGGCGGCGGCAGCGGCGACAGUGCCGAGCGACACCACUACCGCCGCAGACGCGGCGCAGAUGGGUCAUGUGGUGGAUUUGUCGCGGGCAAAGGGUCUGGUAGCGCACUUGUCGACCCACGGGUCAUUACAGGAUGUCGUACCGGAUAUCCAGGUCAUGAGCUUUGCCGGCGGUGAUCCGUACCAUCAUCACCUGCCUAGUGCUUCGGGGCGGGGCUUGGGCCACAAACGACGCUCCAGGUCCCCUUCGCGUUCCGAGCAGCGCGAAUCAGCGGCCGAUCGAGGGAGGGAACGGGAGCGGGACAUGCGAGGCAGCAGGGAGCGGUCGACGGCGGCGGCGACGGCGACGGCGACGGCGACGGCCGUUGAGGCUUCGUCAGGAGGGCCAGCAGUGGAGGAACGGGGAACGGGGUUACGGCGCGGCGGCGGCGGCGGCGGCGGCGGUUUGCAGCAGCAGGGUGUUUUGGCGAGAUCAUCUCGGUCAAGAUCCAGAUCUCGGUCGCGGGAGAGACGACGCUACAGCCGUUCGCCGCGGCGGCGCGGUAGCCGUAGCCGUAGCAGGAGCCGCUCGCCUGUCCGGGCGGACUGGCGCGACAAGCGAAACCGCGGCGGCAGGGAGGGUGGCCAUUAUGAUCGCGUCCGGGACAGGGAUCGGGAACGAGAUCGGUACGGCGGCCGUACGGAACGAGGCGAGCGGGAGCGUGAGAAGGACCGCAGUAGCAGGGAACGAGAGCGGGAAAGGGACAGAACCCGCGGUGCUACUGCUACCGACCGGCGCGGCGGCGCCGAGAGUCGGUACGAUGGCAACGGAUGUCGGUACGACAGCCGGUGCCACGACCGUAGUGGCGGUCGUACAUCAGAUCGCGCGCAACGCGAUGCGGCUGGGGUUGGUCGCGGUGAUCGCGGCACCUCUGGUGCCUCAGUCUCCGCUGCUACUCGGCUGACCGCCGAGCCGCUACAGCUUCCGCCAGCAACGCAAUUGCUACAGCAACAACAACAGCAGCAACAGCACCGGCGCGGCGUUGCCGCUGGCUCCGGCAGCGUCGCCGCCGCUAAUGGCGGCAGCGGCAGCGCCAUACGACGCAAUGCAGCGGAGGCGCACCUGGAGUCGGAAUCUGCCGGCAGCGUGUAUCCCUACAAACGACCGCAUCGUGAAGCUGGCGGCGGCGGCGGCGGCGGCGCGACGUGCGGACGCGAGGGAAGCGCCUCCAGGGGAGGUUCUGGAUCCGACAUGGAUCUGGAUGAUUCCGACAACGAGGGGUCAGCGAAGGCCGGACAGCAUAGGCCGGCGGUGGCCGUGGCCGCUGCCGGAGCGGCGGCGCCAGCGGUGGCGGAGGCGACGGCGACGACGGCGACGACGCUGGCGGCGGCGGAAGCUCCAGGACCGAUGCGUGCUCAGCUGCCCGCUGCGUCAACGUCCGCACUGGGCGCUGCUGCGCCGGGGCGCCGCGGCGCGGGCGGUGGCAUCGGGUUUGGCCAGCGACACCACGCUCGGUCAGCGGCGGCGGCGGCAGCCGCCGCCGCCGCUGCCGCCGCGGCGGCGGCGACCUCGACUCCCGUUGACAGCAGCACUCACAGCCCGAUGUCCAUGGGUGCCCUAAGCCCCGCUCGGACAGGUGGCGGAGGCAGCGGAGGCGGAGGCAGUGGCACCGCAGCGUCGCCGGCGGCAGUGCCGGCGCCACCCGGCAGCGCGCAGCCGAGCCGGGCCACAUCCCCGGGAGGCGGCUCGCGGGGCGGGGUGGCGGCGGCGGCAGCAGCAGCGCCUGGCGGCGGGCGGCAGCUCGGUGGCGGUCGUCGGCCGCCUGGCUCCCAGGCAUCACCGACUGUCGUACACCAGCUCCAAAACCUGCCGAAGCAGCACUCCCACCACCAGCAGCAGGGUGCUCUGCAAGGCAAGGCGGAACGGGCCCUAGCGAAGUUGCAACAGGACCGAGGCAAGCCGCUACAGCACGCCACAGCCGGUCUCAAGGACGGGACGGCGUCGCCUGCGGUGCCAGCGGCGCGGCAACGAGCAGCGGGCAGGGGGCUUCAGCUUCCAUACUGUACGAUGCUGAUGCGACGCUGGAUCCGCCGGUUCUCUUGCGUCUACAUGGUGGAGUCCCCGCGGUCGCUAUUCAAUAAGGCCCACAUAAAAACACUGGCGGAAGAAAGCCGUACACUGCGUCGACGAGCUGACAGCAACCGAGAGGCCAACGGUAACCGUUGGACUACACUACAGCUGACGCUGUACUUGCAGAGUGCGCUGAAGAGCAUGGAAAGCGCGUACGGCCAUGAGCAGGCGGGUCAGGAGAGGGAGGCGGGCAUGAGGGCCUCCCUAGAGCUCCUCUCAGCAGCCGCACAAAUGCUGGCAGUCGUGAGCCAUGAAGCGAACCGUCUGGCGCAGCAGCUGCCGCGACCGGCGGCUGCGCAGCCAGCGGCGGCGACGGCGGCGGCGGCGCCGUCGGGAAGGGCGGCCGCCAGCGCAACGCCAGCGACGCCGCCGCCGGCUAAAGGCGCGCCUGGCAGCCCAACGAACUCAGCGAGGUCGCUGGGCAUGCAGACGCCGUCAGGACCGGGGGCAGCGGCCGGCGGCGGCGGCGGCGGGAAUCGUACACCUCAGCAUGGCGGCGGCGGAGGUGGCGGUGGCGGAGGCACGCCGAUGAAUCCGCUGGCGGCAGCUGUCGCUCACGCCAGCGGUAGCGGCCCGGCGCCGUCAGCAGAGCUGCUCGUACUGGAGGCGAUACGGUUGCUGGCGCUCAAGCUAACCGCCAUCUGCCGUACAAGAUGGUUGGUCGUCAACCAGGACACGUUGGCCAAUGCCUUGAAGCUCCAUGAGCCAGGAACGGGGCCAGUGAUGCCCGGCGGCGGCGGCGGUGGUGAUGAUGGCGGUGGACGCCGUACAUCGCCGACGGCGGCCGCCGACAGCGCGUCGUCGACGCUGGAGGCUGCGGCUCUUACGGCCUCGACCUACACUGCCAGCAUCCAGCAGAUGGCGGAGAGCUUACAGACAUGUGCUGCGGCCGCUGACGCCUGGCGCCGAGCCGCCAACGAAUCACGUGCCUUCAACCUGGCUGUGUCCGCCCCUGGAAUCGAGCCGGCGGCGGUGGUGGCGGCGGCCAGGAUCGGCGCACUCGGCUACGAGGGCGGUCUCUGGGAUCUGAUGGGCUGCGUAAACCUCGCACGUAAGGCCCUCGAUUCCAUAACCGGAAUGAUGUAA